UGUCACUUCACAUGAAAAUCAAGUUUCCAAUUUGAAAGAUGCUAAAACCCAAAACACUAAGCAGCAUCUGAGAAAGAUGAUCAAAUGCGCCAGCCUUUUCAUAAAGCAUCUGUAUAUGUUGCGUUUCUGCUAAUACUCGAGGCUAUAACCGGAUUUGUGAUCAUCAUCGUGACUGGGAUCUAUCAAAUGAUUCUGUCCAGCUUCCUGGGGGACAUCGAUCAACGCUUGCUAUUGAGUUACCUUGUGAACAUCUACGUUUUUGGUGCGCAGCUGAUCGUGACGUUCCUGUGCAGCCUCUCGCUGUGGAAUCGCCUGUGGAAGAGGCGCUGUACGCCCAACGUUCGCUUGAUGAUCUCCGUUUGGCUCUUCUACUCCUGCGUGCUGAUCACUUCGGGAUUUGGCACCGUGUGGAAUCUCUACCAUAACAUCGAUGUCCUGGAAAACUCGGCGGAGGGCUCGCUGCUGCGCGGCAUCGACGAGUAUUACUCGUCGCCCGAGUGGAAGCUCUUGUGGGACGGACUGCAGCUGCGGAAGCAGUGCUGCGGCGUCUACAACUACAAGGAUUGGAUGAACGCCGAGUGGAUGCCCCUGCAGCUGGUCAACAAUUCGUGGCGCAAUCGCGUUGUGCUGGCGCCCAUCGCCUGCUCCAAGCGGAACUGCGUGUCGAAGUUUGUCAGCCACGAGGAUUACGGUCAGUCCAAGCGGAUGCCAGUGCCCACGCUGACCAUCGACUCCAUCAACACGGCUGGCUGCCUCUCCCUGUUCUCGCAGGGAUUGAUGCGAUAUUUCUACAUAAUGCUGGCGUUAGCGCUGAUGGCUCUGAAGUUUCUGAUAGUUCUAUGCGGCGUCACCAAGUACACUCUGCAGCGCCAAAAUGUGGGCGAUGGCUGCGAUAAUGUGGGCCUCACCGAUGACGACGGUCGUCCCUUGGUCAUGGUCAAGUAUCCGCGGAACGUGCGUUGCGUUACAUUCAGCGAGGAUGAUCUGGCGUCCGAUAUGGCUCCAGAGGCGAUCUAUUGCGAGUGCGAUCAAGCUGGUGAGGCGUGCGAUUACUGCGACGGUUAG